UAAAUGCUUUAUAAAGCGACUAUUUAACAAAACUGUUGUUGUAGCUAGACAGGGAAAAUGCUGCAGUCUACGAAGUAAGUCUACUAGAGGUGCUGAUAAAUUGAUAAGAUUUCCCGUUUUAGUACAUAGAAAUCUUCAUGGUGUAUGGGAUCCCUGCAUCUCAUGGCUCUAUCCUUACAUGCAAAAGACUCAACAAAAACGUAAAGGAGGACAAAUACGAUUUACUAAUGAACAAACCGAUGCACUUGAAAACAAAUUCGACAAUCAUAAAUAUCUCAGUCCACAGGAGCGAAAGAAAUUGGCCAGGUCCCUGAGCCUCAGUGAACGCCAGGUGAAAACGUGGUUCCAAAAUCGUCGUGCAAAAUGGCGGCGUGUGCGGAAAGAUGGUGAAGACGAAGAGGACGCUGCCGCGGACCGAGCCACGAGAUCCGUUGGGGCUCCCACACAGAAUUCCUUCUACUUUCCUGCCAGAUUUUAA